AUGUAAUUGACAAUCUAAGAAUAAUAUUAAAAAGAAGCCAAGAAAAGAAAUUAUAAGCAUAAGAAAUUUUAUAAAAAAUCAAAUUUUCUUUUAAGAUCAAAGAUUUAAUUGCUGACUAUUUAACAAACAAACAAACAAAUAAACCUACAAACAGUUUAUCAAAGAUAGUUAAUUUUUCUGAUAUAUAUUCACAUUAAUUAACCUUUAUACUACAUAUAAAAAAACACAUAUAAAUCAAAAUAAACAAAGAAGAUUUCUUAUAUUAAUUAAUAAAUGAUUAAUUAAAUACAAAGAGCCUAAUUCAUCCUAAAAAAAAUGAAUUAAAAAAAUAUUAUUCAAAAAACGCCCUAGUUCUUACAAUUUAUAAACCAGUUCUAGAAUUAAUAGAAGAGUGAGUACGCUUAGAUAUUUAUUACUAAGAGUCCUAACUCUUCUUUUAUUUCUGGCUAGCCUGCAGGAUUUGACAAUACAAACAGUCUUUCUAGUUAAAACUCAGAUUGUUCUUUAUUUGGUAGCAAUUAGAAUAGAACUACUUAUAGCUCUUCCUCUAAUAAUAAGAAGCCAUCUUCAUACAUAAACAGCAAUGAGCAUAUUUAAAACUAGUGGAUGAAAAAAGUUGAUGACUUAAACAAGCAAACUGAGUAAGCAAAUUAGUAGAAUUUGCUUAAAAGAGGAAAAUAGUGUGUUCAAGUAGAUUCACAUUUAGAGGAUAUACCUUCUCAAUCUUGGAAAGACUAUUAAGAGCUAUAAAAGCAAUAGAUUUUAAUCGAAGAAGCAAACAGCAAUUCAUAGACAUAGUAGAAAGAAGUAGAUAAAAAAGCAGAAUUAAAGAAGCAAAAGAAAGUAAAAAGAGAUAAAAAUGGUGAAGUUAUAAUUAAAACAAGCAAGCAACCAGAAAAUGCAGACUAAUUGAGGGAGAGAUUAGCUCUUCAUGAGUAAAUGAUGCUUUUACCUAAAAAUGAGAGAAAUAAAGCCUUAUUGAGCUAAAAGAAAAGAGAUGAGCGUUGGGAUAAGCAAGCUCUUACACACAAAUAGGUAGCUCAUUAUUCAGGUAGUGCAACUGAAUAGGAUAAGAAGAGAGCUGUAGAAGAAAUACUCGCCUAAAAUCAAAUAAAAAAACAAAUAAAGGAAUCUAAAAAGGCUAAAUUACCUGUGAUCGAAAAAGAGUAAGCAGAUAUUUUUGAUGAGAUGAUACAAAUGUUAAAAGAAAGUGGUGAAGUCAAGACAAAAAAAGAAAAAAAGCAAAUUAAAGAAGAUCUAAUCACCGAAAUAAUUUCAGAAAAAGAAUCUUAAAAAAAUAAAAAGCAAAAUUCAAGUUCUUCAAAUGGUGAUGAAUCAAAAGGAGUUAAGAGACAUAAUGAAAAGCGAAAAGCUAAAAAAGAAAAUUCUGACUUAUUGUAAGAAGAAAAUAAUGAGUGCAUAGAAGGCCAUCCUUAGAAAAAGGAUAGUAAACAAUCAAAUAAAAACGGGUCAGAUAGUUAAAAUAAUCAAGUUUAACUUUCUGUAUCUGAUAAAUUAGCAGAUUUCCUUGAUAAUGAGCUCAUUAAUCCUUACAGAAAGAAUAUAAAGCAAGAAAAGAAGUUAUCAAAGAGUAAAAAAAGUCAAGCCCAAGAAUACUUUGAUGAAGAAUCUAAAGAUGAAUAAAAAAACCAUAAUUACAAAAAUGGAAUUAAAAAAAAUAAAAAUAAAUAAUUCUAAUCUUUUGAGCCACAUUGGUCCUCUCAAUAAAUUAAUGAUGCUAUAAAAUAAAAGAAAGCAUUCAAGGGUGUUUAUACUGCUAAUGAGAAGAACCAAUAACUGGGUCGCAUAAAAUGUGAUGAAAUCGAUGGUUUAGUAUUUAUAAAUUCCUAUAUAUACUAAAACAGAGCACUUCACAAUAGUGUUGUAGGUUUUGUGAUUAUUUAAGGCGAUCCUUCAAGUAGAUUGAAAAAUAUUGAAGGUAAUUCUGAUAUAAACUUGAAAAAGAUUUAAGCAGAUAACCUAAAUGAAAACGAAGAAUCACUAGACAAAAGUUUAGAGGAAGAAAUCGAUGAUAACGAAGAAGACUGGGAAACUGAUUCUGAAGAUAAUCUACCUCCUGUAGAUCAAUCUAAAUUAGUAGCUAAAAUUGUCUACAUAUUUGAAAAUCCAUACUAAAAUGACAAUAUUGUCGGGUAUCUUGAAGAAGUCUAAGAUAAUAGAUAAAAAAAGAAUGGUAAAAAGAAAUAUUGGUUCAUUCCUAAGUACAGCAAAUUACCUAAAAUGUUACCUGUAGAAUUCUCAGAUGAGUUCUACCAUUAAGUUGAAGAAAAUGACAUCGAUAUUAGUAAAACCUAUGUAGUUGGUAAAAUGAAAGAUUGGAGCGAGGAAAGCUAUUAUCCAUAAGCAACAAUCAGUGAAUGUCUAGGUGAGAGAGGUGAUAUUGAAGUAGAAUGUGAUACACUUCUUAAGGAGUUCAAUGUUUAUAAUCAAGAUUUCACUCCAGCAACUGAAGAAUAUUUAAAUAAAUACAGAGAAUAGCUUAAUGAUAAUGGCGAAUAUGUAAUUCCUGAAAGUGAAAAGAAUAUUAGAUGGGAUCUAACAAAAGAAAUUAUAUGUACUAUUGAUCCUCACGAUGCUAAGGAUUUAGAUGAUGCACUAAGCAUUAAGUAUUUGCACGAUGAUAUAUACGAAAUAGGUGUUCAUAUUGCAGAUGUUAGUCACUUUGUUUAGCCUAACACUUCUUUAGAUGAUGAUGCAAGAUUAAGAACUACUUCUGUUUAUCUCGUCCAUAGAGUUAUUCCUAUGCUUCCUCGUUUACUUUGUGAAAAUCUAUGUAGUUUAAACCCUAAUGUUGAAAGAUUAGCAUUCACAGUAUUUUUCUAAAUGAAAGAAAAUGGUGAAGUGUUAUGGGAUGGUCCUAUUAGAAUAGGAAAGAGUGUAAUUAAAUCUUGUAAUAAGUUCUCUUAUGAUACUGUUUAGAUGAUGAUAGAGAAGAAAAUUAAGUCACCAGGAGAGCUUCCUGAGCAUAAUAUACCUUAGUAAGGAGUGGACUCACAAAAAAUGUUUGAUGAUAUUCUACUUUUAGCUAAGUUAGGUAUGAAUAGAAGAGAAAGCAGAUUUAAGGGUGGUGUUUUAUCUAUUGAAAGUGUUAAGAAAAGAUUUAAACUCAAUGAAAAAUUAUGGCCUGUAGAUUUUACUCUUGAAGAAAGAAAGGAUGCUAUGUUUGUUGUAGAAGAAUUUAUGUUAUUAGCAAACUAAAUUGUAGCUAAAGAAAUGGUAAAACAAUGCAAAUCACUUGCUGUCCUUCGUUAACAUUGCUAUCCUUCAGAUAUAAAGCAAAAGCAACUGAAUGUAAUUGCUAAGAAAUUCGGACAUUAAAUUGAUUUCUCCAGCUUACAGGCUAUUAACUAAUCGAUUGAAGAUAUUAAAAAAGAUGAUAAGCUCUCUUUUGAGAAAAAAUUAUUUUUAAAAAAAUAAAUGUUUUUGGUUUUAGAACAAGCUCUCUAUUUUGUUGCAGACUAAUUACCUCCCAGUGAAUGGAAACACUUUGCAUUAAACUUCGAUGUUUACACUCACUUUACAUCUCCUAUUAGAAGAUAUCCUGAUUUAUUAGUUCACAGAGUUAUGUACAGUAUCCUUUAAUACAAAUAGGAUGCAGUCAAAUAUAUUGAAAAAUCCUCCUUACUUUCUAUAAUGGAGGUGUGCAAUGAAAAUAAAGCCAAAUCCAAACAAGUUUCAGAUAACUGUUAAAAAAUCUUCAUGUGUCUCUACUUGAAAGACCACUCUGUUUAAUCAAAAGGCAUGGUAAUUUCUUUCGGUGUCACUAGCAUGACCAUUUUCAUACCAGAUCAUGAAACCUAAAGAACUGUUUACUUCAAAGAUUAUAAAAAUAUCUUGAAAGCUAAAGUAGAAAAAGAAAAAGAUGGUAAUAAGUUAAUGAUUACAUAUAAGACUGCAAGCAUGCCUAGAGAAAACACUGUUUACUUCCAUGAAUUCUCUCCCAUUAUAGUAAGUCUCACAAGCACAGAUACUUUCCCUAUCGAUUAUAAAGUAAAAAUUUCUCUUCCAGAUCCAGAUGAUAAAAAAGUUACUCACGUUUUGGAAUGA